AUGAUUCCGUCUGAAGUUCAGGCCGUCAUCCUGGUCCGCAAUCAUCACUUCCAAAAAAGGAAACAACAACAACAACCUCCCGUCCCGUCCCCUCUGCCAACCAUGCCACAGUUGAAUAUGAUUGAUAUAAAAAAGCACCAGGAGUCCUCCCUCCCGGGACCCGCAGGUGUUACGAAAAUCCCACCUAAGCUUUUGGCGGGCAGGGAUUUUACUAUCAGUCUAUUAAUUUUUUUUGGAAAUUGGUUUGGAAACCAGAGGGAUUCGAACCCAGGCUGUUCAUUUGGACUGUUAGUAGGUAUAAGAGACUUAGGCUACUUAACCACUGCACCAUCGCAGCCUGGAUGUGGCGUUGGGGGUUGGGAGGAGGAGGGUGUUGUUGUCUCACGUGAGAUCAAGCUAUACGUCAAAGUUGCAAAACUUCAUUUGUUUACCACGAAACAAAUCUAA